AUGGCUUCGGAGUCACCUCAUGUGGAAAAGUCCCCUCCUCCGGCCGGUCCUGCUGAUCUGGCCACACCUCCCACCGCCGAUACGGCCAAGAGGAAGGCGGAACAGAGCAACGGAGCGCACACGCGCACAAAGCGGAAUCGCUACAUCUCCAUCGCAUGUGAGUUCCGGUCGUUGACCUCUCAGAUCACAACUCUGCAGGAACAGGUCAACAGCCUCUUCACCAAUCUCAACGAGCUUCGGUCUCAGAAAUCUACCUUUGAGUCUCCGCCCUUCGAUCAUCUUUCUCGCGAUGGCUCACAGCCUGUCUUUACCCCCUUGCCGACGGGCAUGCCGAAGACCCGUUCCCGCCAUCCUCGUUUCCAUGGCCCGACGAGCUCGGCUUUUAAUUUUGAUGUCGCCAAAUCGAGUCUUGAAAGCAUGGGGAUCACCCAACCAGAAGAUGCCAUUCCCGAUGACUUGACUACAGCGCAUGUCACCCCGGCCGGCUCUCCACCUCCCAAUUUGGGUCCUCUCGUACCUACGAUCCACCCAACCAAAGAUCCGAUUUGGUCUAUUGGCCGCGAAGAGGCAAUUCGCUUAUGUAAAGUCUAUGAAGAGGAGAUUGGGAUUCUUCAUCCCGUGGUGGAUAUAAACACCAUCGUUAGUCAGGCUAAUUUGUUGUACACAUUUAUGGAGGCGGCUACACGAACCGGGUUUGCACAGAGGGGACUACCUGGUUCUGACAGUCUUCAAGAUGACAAUACCAUUCUGCUGAAACUGAUACUUGCUACCACGCUGGUCGUGGAGGCUGGCGGUCAAAGUGACCUUGGCCAGCGGCUCUACUUGAGUAUCAAGCCGAUUAUUGAGUCCAAGCUGUGGGAGCCUCGCGACAUCCGCAAUAUUCAGAUUUUUGCGAUUGUGGCCACUUACCACUUCCACACUGAUGAUGAUGCCAUGGCCUAUCGGUUGAUCGGCUUGGCCGCGCGCAUGUGUCUUGAAACGGGUCUCCACCGAAAGGAUGCUCUCGUAAAAUCAUUCCCCCUUGAGGACCAGUGGAAUGAUAUCACUCGAAUCUUCUGGACUGUCUAUAGUUUGGACAGGAGAUGGAGUCUAGGCACUGGCUUGCCAUUUACUAUUCAAGACGAGGAUAUCGAUCCCAAUCUGCCAGAGCCGGACACACCCUAUCUGCGCUGUAUGAUCUCGUACAAUCGUAUCAGCUCCAAAAUCUGGUACUCAGGCCUCGGAUCAGAAGGCACAACAGAUAUUCGACGAGAUGAAAUCGGCUAUCUGGAUUACCAGGUCCUCCAGUGGUACAAACAUAUACCCGAGGAUCUCAAGUUCUAUCCUGUCGAGUCUCCCAAAAAUGGAGAACCCGCGAGUCGGGGAAUGAGGCGGUUGCGAGUCCUGCUGUACCUCCGCAUGAACCAGCUGCGCAUUCUCAUCUACCGUCCAGUACUUCACUCUUCUGCAAGUAUUGUUGAGGAUCGCGGUCACGCUCAGACAGUGGUUGAUGUUGCCAAGGACACCGUUCGAGUACUCACUCGGCUAAACCAGAUGUCUGACAUUUACCGCACGCAGCAAAUCACUUUCAACUACUUCCUUGUGGCUGCGCUGGCUGUUCUCUUUCUCGCUGUGUGUCACGCACCAGCGGAAUUCAACCGUCAAGUGCGCGAUGAGUUCUACAUGGCUUUGGACUUGAUCAAUGGAUUCAGUACCAAAUCAUACGUAUCAAAACGCCUGUGGAAGACCAUUCAAGGUCUCCGCAGAAUCGGCGAGAAAUUGGGGGUCCUCGCUCGCCCCUUCAGCAACGAUUCAAGUGAUCCACACUCAAGUGCUGCUGUCGCUAUGGCCGGCCUUGCCGGUCAUUCGAUCGACGAUCUAUCUGUCUACGGUCCCUUGAAUGGGAUCAAUGACAGCCCCCUAAAUGGAAUACAGAUGAGUCAUGAACUUACGAACUUGUUUGAGGCUGUUGGAUCUUUUGGUAGCUUCAUGCCCACCACUACUGGCCCCGAUGGCAUCAAUGGAUUCGUUGGAACUGAUGGUGAAAUCCAGAACACUGGUGAGGGCCUCUCUGGGAUCUUGGGUGGAGAGGAGGAGUUUUCACGAGUAAUUCGUGACUUGUUUUGA